AAUCCUUUGGAUAUUCUACUAUUUAUUUGUGUUUGCAGACAUCUGGAAACUACUUGGAAACUACCUCUGCCUUGGUCAUUUUGUCAUUCCUAUCUUUAUCUCUCUAUUGGCAUCUAGCUUUUUCUCAUUGUAUCCUCCUUGCUAACCAUCCUCUCCUCUUCUCUAGAUUUUUGCGUAAUUUUUGCUGUUUUUUUUAAGUGUUACUCUGUUUGGACUCAUGCCAAUUCCGGGAAACGAAGAGCCUGUGGUACUUCCACAGCAGCAUCUGCAGCAGCAGCAGUCUAGUAAUUCUUCUGCAGCUAUUCCCAUUAAAAAGAGGAAAUUUCCAAUAAUUCGGUCUCCUUCUCCGUCCCCUGAAGAACGACCGUCUGCAUCCGAGGACAAUGAUUCAAAAAAUAGAGAAGACUUUAAAAGCUCAGAUAAAGUGUCAUCUUUGGAUGCUGCUAUUGAUAUGGGUUCAUCUGGUAAUUCUGAUAUGAGCAAGAAAUCUGUUUUAACUGCUAAUGAUGUAAGUCCUGGUAAAUCUGAGAUGACCAAGAAUUCCGUUUUAGCUGCUAUUGAUAAAGAUUCUAAUAUGAGCAAGAAUUCUGUUUUAGUAGCUAAGAAAGAAAAAGGUACUGAUACAAACGUCCACUUGUUGCAAACCAAUUUGGACAUUUCUGCAUCCAAGCCUCAAGAGACUAAACGUUGUGAUAGUUUAGGUUUUACGGAUGGGGUAGUGAAUAAAGUGAAUUUCCUUUUAAAUGAGAAAUCUGCAGGAUCAGGAGUUCCGGGACACAAUAUGGGUGCUGUUGUAGUGAAUGUGAAGAAGGAAACUGACAGCCCACAAGUUGAAGGUGAAGGUAAUUGUAAAGCUAAUCUUUCUACUGGUUCGGGAAAUGUUGAAUUUUUAUUGGAACCUAAGGAACCACACGUUCCUUCUUUGGGACCCAAAAAGAGUGAAACGAAUCACCAAAAAUCUGAUAAGUUAGAUUCUUUGUUGUUGAAUUUGUCUCUAUACAGAGAUGCGCUCGUUACCCGUGAAAUUAGUGAUGAUGGCUUAAAUAAUGUUAGCAGUCAUGGAUAUGCUAAUAAUCGGUCAAACUGGGAUCUAAAUACUCCGAUGGAUGCGUGGGAGCCUUCUGUCAAAAACAAUGCACUUCUUCGCAAUACUAAAGGUAUCAGCAAGUCCAAUAUUUCAUCUGUACAGCCUAGGCAUGAGUAUAAGCCUGAGGAUUCGCUUUGUCUUAGUCUUGGUAUACCAUACAGGGAGUUGAACUCCAAUAGGGAUCACUCUUCUUUAUCAGAUAAAGUUGACACUGUCAGGGUUGACUCAAACUCAAAGUUGCAAACAGGGAAGCUAUCAACAAUGAACGUGAAUUCUGCUAGUAGUAGAUCUGUGAAAUUGGAAACUGUUGAUGAGAAUCUGGAAUAUAAUUGCACCGGUGGUACUAGCAGUACAAUGGAAUUGUCGAGGCCUAGUUUGAUGAAAAGUGAACUUAUUGAGAGUUGCAGCUCAGAAACAGCAGUACCGUCAUCUAGUUACUCGCACAAAGUAGUUGACACUGGACCAAUAAAAUCUGAACUGUUUCAGGAGUGUAACAAGGCAACAAGCAAACCUGCAGAUUCUAUUCUACCUCAAUCUUCUGAAAAGGUUAUGCAGCAUCAAGAGAGCUGUGCAUCUUCAUCUGUUCCAUCUAUGCCUUUGACCCCUCUCAACUCGUGUCCCUCCAGGUUGCCAACCUUUUCAGAGUCAACAACAAGUGAGGAUUUAUCAUAUCAAUCUGAACAUUCUUUCCAUACUAAAAACUUUUGUAACAGAGAGGAUAUACCAGAUCAGCCAAUUGAUGCUGUGGUCCCUAAACCUGUAAGCCAGAAAGGCAAAGAAAUAAGCGUGCACUGUGAGAAGGAAGAGAAUUUGAUUUCUGAAGAUCCUGAAAGGUGCAAACUGAAUCAGGUUGAUGAGCAUCCUAGUGAAUUGUGUGGAAACAGUGAGGUAUCUGCCAUUGAUGAGGAAAACAUAAACAUACCUACCGAUAUUGCUGGAGCAGAUAAGUUUGGAUCUAAUGGAAUUCAUGCUUUUACCAAUCACCAUGGUAUUGGAAAAAGACAACGUGACAAAGAAGAUGAAGAUUAUGAAGAUGGUGAGGUUCGAGAAUCACUAAUGCAUCCAACGGUAGAAGAUCCAAAUUUUGACAGAAAGGAAGAAAAUGUCAAACUUGUUGAGAGCGAUACAAGAAAUAUGGAGUCUUUUGUUUUUUCGUCUGAUAAAAAUUGCGACAUUCCUGAUUUUGAUGGAAAAGCCACUGCAUUGGAUAAUCAUGAGACGAAUAACGACCAAAUUAAGGAAUGUGUUGAUACGGGUCCCAAUGAGCCUGGUGGUGAAGCUGGUGCUUUGCAAAAAUCAUUACUAGAUGAAGUUAAAGAAGUUGGACUUGACAAAAAGAGCUCUGAUAUUGUAUCUUCUGAGAAACAACUUAAUCUUUCAGGAGGAGAACAUGUUGAAGAGGGUGAUGGAAAAGAAGUGACUGGUGAAGGGGCAAUUAAUGAGAGCCAUGGGAUGGAGGCAACACUAGGUGAUGAGGCCACUGAUGAGAGAAUUAAAGAAAUCUCUCUGGGAGAGAAUGGUUCAACUCUGCCCAAGGCUGAAGCAUCUGUAGAUAAUAAUAGUAAUAAUAACAAUGCUGCUAAUUCGUCCAACAAUGCAAGCAACAAGAGCCGCAUCAUAAAUUUACCUCGUACUUCCAUUGCUGCAGCCCCUUGUAAAACAUUGUCUAUUCCAGGUAGGUUGACUUCAAGAAGUGGAAAAGAAAGAUGCUCUGAUCUGGAGGGGGAGAUACAACGUGGGAAUAGAGAUGAAAUUUAUACUGAUGGUCCAAAAAAAUUUGUGAAAGAUUGGAGUCAUCACGAGUCAUUUAGAAAUUCAAGAUCGAGUUUCAUAGCUCGAAGAGGAAGGCUAUCUGGCAGGUUUGACCGGUUACACAAUGAUUGGGACUCCAACCGUGAGUUUGCAUCAGAAAGUUACAACAUCAAAACUGAUUAUCAGGAUUCUAGACGUAAGCAUACUUCUUCUAUAGCUGACAUUGAACUUGAUUAUAAUGGCUAUGGUAUUGCACCGGAUAAUUCUGCUUUGAGUGGUGGUAGAAGGAAGGCCUUGAAUGAUGAGAUGCGUUCAUUGCGCCAUCCAUCUGCUAGGAGAAUCUCUCCCAGAGGUAGAGGUGGUCAUACGAUGAGAGGCAUUCCAAUGCUUCGUAGAAUUCCUAGAAAUGUUAGUCCAAGUAGAUUCACUGACGAAGAUGGUUCUGAGAUGGUUGGAUUUCAUCAUAAUGAAAAGUAUAUUCGGGAAUUAUCAGAUGAUAUUAUAGAUCCUGUAUUUACUCAUCCACAAACCAUGUAUGAUGAACUGGAUGAUCAGCUUGUGCGAGGGAACAGGAACUUCUCUACUUUGCAGAGAAAGGACUACUCUCGGGUCCGCUCGAAAUCUCCUAUUAGAUCCCGAACACGGUCACCUGGUCCAUGGUCAUCUACUUGGAGGAGAUCACCCAAUCGGCAUCCACAAUUACCCCAGCAUAGAUCUCCAACUAUGUAUAGGAUGGGGAGGAUGAGGACUCCUGAUCGUGAUUGUUUUCCUGAUGAGGUGGUUGGUAGAAGACGUGAAUCUCCAACCUUUAUGGCUCAGCCUUCUAAUGACAUAAGGGAUGUGGAUGCUGGACGGGAACAUAUUCAACAUAGGUCUGGUAAUUCAACUCGAAGAACCUCACCUGGACGGGUAUUUCCCAGAAGCACUAGGAGAGUAAAUGGUUUAGAUCCUCGAGAGAGGGCAGAUGGGGAUGACUAUAUGAGUGGGACAGUACAUUCCAAUAGAUAUCAUGAUAUGAGUGGUGAUGAGAGAAGAAAGUUUGAUGAGAGACGGGGAAUGGCUCGUUCUUUUAGGCCUGCUUAUGACAGUGAUAAUGACAAUGUCCGUUUCAAUCAUGUAAACGAUGGCCCCAGGCCUUUUAGGUUCCGUCCUGAUGGAGAAAUGGAUUUCAUUGAGAGAAGCACCGUAAGAGAGAGGGAGUUUGAUGGGCGCGUUAAGCAUCAGCCACUAUUUGUAUCAGGGCGAAUGAGAAAUAUUCAAGAGCAACAGGACAGGAACCACAGGCCCAGUGGGCAGCAGGUUUGGCAUGAUCAGGAUUUCAAUGAUGUCCCAAGAGUGAAAAGAAGAAGAUUUCAACUCCCAUUUAACUGCAGAAAAGAGUAGCUGUUCAUUGUAAAUGUUAUUGCAGUUUCGAGUGAAGGACCACAAAUUGUAGUGGUUGAUGGAAAGCCCAAAAUUGACCAUGAAAUUUGCGAUGUUGCAUUGUUUACUCUGUGAAAUUAGCAACUGAUGCCAGAUGCUGAGGUAAGAAAUGAGCUUCCAAGUACCCCUACACAACAGUUAUGCUAGAUAUCAUGUUUUACUUUUACUAUGCUCAUAAAUAAAUCAGGUAAGUUGAUGAUGUUCCCUCUCGUUGUUUAUUCGACCUCAGUAAGGUUUAUGCAUGCUACAUUUACCCAGUUAACGUAUAAACGAUCCCGGGAAUUAAAAUAUGAAGAGUUGAGGCAUCCCAUUUCACAGUAAGAAUGGAAAUGUGGGUGGUCUGCAUCUUGUAAAACUUUAUUGCGAGUUUUUUUGAAGGAGACUCCA